AUGGCCAUCCCAAAUGUCUCCUUCUCCUCCCCUUCUUCUUCCCAUCCUUGGAAUCAUGACGUGUUUCCGAGUUUCAAAGGAAAAGAUAUCCGCAAUACCUUUACCGGUCAUCUACAUCAUGCUCUCUUUGAAAAGGGAAUCAAAACCUUCAAAGAUGACGUGGAUCUUCGGAAGGGAGAUGAAAUCUCCCCUGCACUUUUGGAAGCCAUCAAACAAUCUAAGAUUUCCAUUAUCGUCUUCUCUAAGAACUAUGCCACUUCCACUUGGUGCUUAGAUGAACUCGCCAAGAUUCUUGAGUGUUGGAAAUCAAUUGUCCAAAUGGUUUGA